AUGGCAGAGGUGGCAGGGUUCGUGCUGGGUGGGGUGCCUAUAUUGUUCGAACUUCUGGAUGGAGCUAUGAAGGCCUACUCGUUCUUCAUGAGAGUUGCGGAUGCUGACAGCCAAUAUGAGGAACUACGCACUAAACUGGAGAUGGAGCAGUUACGCCUCCUCACCUUCGUCGACGCGGCUGAGUUGCUGGACGAUCAGCCAGACAUUAACUGGCCCAACCCCGUUCGCGAGCAGCAACACAUCAUGCUUAUAGCGGUCCUAAAGGGGAUCGAGUCGAAACUGGACGGACUCGCAGGUCUGACCCGAUAUGAGAAGCACAAAGAACAGGCCGCUGGUCAAAAUGGCGGGAAAGACGAGAGCCAUGACGACUAUGCUGAGUUAGAUAUUGCGGGUAGGUACUCGACACUCAAAUCCAAGUGGUCGGGAGGCGCGAAGAAACGUGCACAUGUACGGGGGACGAAUCACCCACGAAAGCUGUACAUGAUCGGGAAACAGGCGGUGACGAAUCCUCGGGUGCUUCGGUGGGCUAUUCACGAUCAGGGGAAAUUCGAAAAUGUGGUCCGGGGGCUCCGGGAGUAUACCGUUUUCCUGGAGAACAUGUUGCAAGGCGAGUCGGUGAAGAGACUCCUGGAGGGCCAGCGCAGGAUGGAGGUCGAGGUGAUCUUCGUCCGAAACAAAGUGCAAGAUCUGGAAAGGCUACAACAGAGCAUGAUCACGCUCACGCUCCGCAGCCAGUCCCAGUUGGCCGCGAUGGCGGGCGUCAAACUGGUCAGCCUCGUGAGCAGCCAUAGCGAUUCGGACCUUCCGCCAGACUACCAUUCCAUCUUAGCCUCCAAGGAAAAGAUUGCCAUUCAGACCCUGGUCGACCUUGAAGAAGUGCCGACAAAGGACGACGUGGUCGCACUGCGACGGCGGACGAGUGUCAAAUACAGACCAGGCGGAGAGGGGAGCGAGAGCAUGGACAUGUGGAUCGAAUGGAAGUCGUUUGAAACCGACUGGAACGAGGAAGGGCGACCAGAGGUCACGCAAGACAGCAUUGACAGAGUUCAAGGUCUCGUGGCCCUCCUCCAGCAGUCCUGGCAGCACGGUUCCGGGGUGUUUGCUAUCCCCGACUGUCUCGGCUGGUUCAAUCUCCACGACCUCCACCAGAUAAAUCCUUCCCUUCACGCCCUCCCUAAUCUGUUUGGCAUCUUAUACCGGAAACCGUCCUCGCCGGCGUCCGCCACCAGAUCGACCCCGACCCCUGUUUCUCUGUAUGCGAUGCUACACGAUCAUCCCGUGCCUUCGCUCACGGUCCGAGCCCGAUUGGGCCAGCAGAUCGCAACCUCAAUCCUAUACCUGAAUACGGUGCGGUGGUUUCACAAAUCGCUGCGGUCCGACGCCAUCGUGUUCCAGCGAGGCCACGCCGACGGGAGCGUCGAUUUCAGCCAUCCGCUCGUGACGGGCUUCGAAUAUGCCCGGCCGAACAGCACCACAGCCCGCAGUACUUUUGUCGGGCCCGCGUCGUCCAACGCCCUGUACGUGCAUCCGGUCUAUCAAAGACAGUCGAGCGAGAAACAUCGCUACCUGCGCAGCUUCGACAUCUAUUCUCUCGGGAUCGUCCUCCUGGAGAUCGCCUACUGGAUGCCCAUCAGCGCGAUCCUGAGGGCCGAAUACGAUCAUGACGGGCUGGGGAAGCCACCGUCCCAGGGGUUCGCGGCCGACGUGCAAGAUAUCCUCCUUGGCCACAAAGGCAAGUGCAAGACGUACAUCCACGUUUUGAACGAGACCAUGGGCGAAAAGUACCACAAUGCCGUUCACGGCUGCGUUGCGGGGUUCGUCGAUGUCGAAUCCUACGAUGAGAACAACCAAGCACUCGCCAUGAAGGAACAUCUCAAGUUCAUGGAAGAGGUCGUCGACAGCCUCGGUGGUAUCGUGGUCUAG